AUGGAAUCAAAUGGAACGCGCAAAGGGCCGCUGCCUGGAGGUCGCCAGGGCGCGUCUGGAGCUGGCGCUGGACGCGACAGCAUGCGAACCGCCAGCCAAGCGCGAGGUGCUGCACGACCACCCAGCAGCUCCUCGCAUCCAUCAUCCCCACCAGCUGGCUUGGUGUCGGCAGGGUCUUCGCGGGCUCAGCAAUCGGCACCCGCCACUGGUGGAGUACGCCGCAUGCGUUGGACAACCCAGAUGAACAGCAACGCAUUGCGGGCGUAUUUUAGGGCGAAAGGGGGAGAAACUGGAGGUUUUGCGUAUCGGGCAAGGAUGCAUCGACUUUUUGCUGAGCUGGAGCCAUCUGUAACCGUCACCGAGCAAAACCUGGCAGACCGAGUUCGGUAUAUCUUGCGCUCAAAUACAUUUGAUGUCACCGAACUCGAACGGCUACGACGUGAGGCUGUUCCUUCAUCGGGUGAAAAUGCUGCGGCUGAGGAUGCGGCGCCACAACUUGCUAAGCAAACGGCAAAUGUGGAUGCCGCCGUGAAUACGCCAGUUGUGGUUGAUUCAAACGAUGAUGGAACAGUCGACCAGGAACUGGAACUAGAGCAAAUGAGGAGUACAUUGGAAGAGGCGAUUGUGGAAACGCGCAGUACGACUCUCGAAAAUCGACCGCGACUUCCCCGCUUAGCCCUAAGCAAGCGGAAUCGGGCUGUCGUGAGGGCUCUGAACCCAAUGCUGGUUACCUAUUUGGAAGCCAGCCGGGACCUUUGCGAUACGGACUCAAUUCUUUUUGGCGCCGCACUGGCAGUCUGCCGUAUUAUAGGUGCCAAACUUUCCACGGCUGGACGCGCUACUGGACAAAGUAGUGCUAUCCCAGCCUGGAGAAUAAGAAUUGAAGAACGUAUCGCAAAGGCUAGGGCCCUCAUCGGCAGACUGAUAUGCUUCAGGUCAGGCAAUACCAGGCCAAGGAUUGUGCGCACCGUCAGGAUGGCGUUUGCUGGGACAAAUGUUAGUUUGUCCCAGCCGGAUAUAAUGCAAAAACUGACGGAGCGCAUAGACGACCUGAAGCAAAGAAUAGCUGCUUGGGGAAAGCGGAUUCGGCGAUAUACCAAGAGGUCGACACGGUUCAACCAGAAUCGUCUCCAGAGUGAUCAGCAGAGGCUCUAUAAAUCAUUAGAGCGACCAAUAGUAAGUGGAACGGGCCCUGCACCAAAUCAGGCCGACAUGGUUGCAUUCUGGCGCAGCCUGUGGUCAGAGCCCGUAAACCACAACGAGGGCCCUUGGACGGAAGUUGUGGCGAGUCAGUGUGCGAGUAUUACGCCCAUGGACCCCGUCAUCAUAACGCCGGAUGACGUAGCUGAGGCGGUCCGUAGGGCCCCGAACUGGAAAAGUCCGGGGCUUGACGGACUGCAUCACUACUGGCUGAAGGGGUUAACGGUGGGCCUCGCCGAUGCUGUGGCGUUGGAUGCGUCUGCAUAG